GUGAACCGCGCUUGUCUGUGGAAGUGUGGCGUUUAUUUAGCUAGACAAUUUCCAUGUGGUUCUGAUUCAACAACUGUUUCAAAGCUAAUCUGUAGCUAGUACUGUACUGUAAAAAUGGGCAAAAAGGGUAAAAAAGACCAAAAGAAAGUGAAAGGAGCAGAGAAAACAGCAGCCAAAAUGGAUAAAAAGAUUUCAAAGCGGUCUAAACGAGAAGAGGAGGACCUGGCGGCACUGAUAGCUGAGUUUCAGUCCCUGGAUGCCAAGAAGACAACAGUUGUGGAGACCGCCUGCCCACCCCCCUCACCCAGGUUGAACGCCUCUCUGUCAGCACACCCCGACAAGGAUGAGCUGAUCUUGUUUGGAGGCGAGUUCUUCAACGGCAAAAAGACGUACCUCUACAACGACCUGUUCUUCUAUAACAUAAAGAAGAACACCUGGGUGAAGUCAGACAUCCCCAACCCUCCUCCACGACGCUGUGCUCACCAGGCGGUGGUAGUUCCACAGGCAGGGGGGCAGCUGUGGGUGUUUGGGGGGGAGUUUGCGUCUCCUGACGGGGAGCAGUUCUACCACUAUAAAGACCUCUGGGUUCUUCACCUCUCCACAAACACCUGGGAGCAGAUCAAGGUUCCAGGUGCCCCCUCUGGUAGGAGUGGACAUCGUAUGGUCCUGAGUAAGAGGCAGUUGCUGUUGUUCGGAGGCUUCCACGAAAGUGCUAGGGAUUUUAUCUACUACAACGAUGUGCACGCCUUCAGUCUGGACUCCUUCACCUGGAGUCGCCUCUCCCCCUCCGGCACCGGCCCCUCCCCUCGCUCUGCCUGCCAGAUGACCUCUACCCCCGAUAGCUCCGGGGUCAUCAUCUAUGGAGGAUACUCCAAAGUGAAAGCUAAGAAAGAUGUGGAAAAGGGAACCAUCCACUCUGACAUGUUUCUGCUCAAGAGAGAUGGCAAAGAAGAACAAGAGAAGUGGUUGUGGUCCCGGGUGAGUCCCUCAGGCUCCAAGCCACCCGCCCGGUCGGGCUUCUCCCUGGCUGUGGGGCCCACGGGUCGGGCGCUGCUCUUCGGAGGGGUGUGUGACGAGGAGGAAGAUGAGACUCUGGAGGGGGACUUCUACAACGACCUUUACCUGUAUGACAUCAACAAGCACCGCUGGUUCCCUGCUCAGCUCAAGGGCUGUAAGUCGGAGAAGAAGAAGCGUCGACGGGGGAAGAAGGGAGGGGAGCAAGGGGAGAGGUCAGAGGAGGGUCAGGCGGAGGAAGGGGCAGCAGCACAGGGACCUGUGGAGGUCAUCAAGGAGAUCGUCACUGAAGAUGGAACGGUCAUGACCAUCAAGGAAAUAAUCCCCGGGACACAGGUGGAGGAAGAGAGCGAGGAAGAGGAGGAGGAAGAUGAGGAAGGUGCCUCGGCCAUCCUGGUGGAGCCCUGUGCUCGCUCCAGCGCCAUGGCAACAGUGAAAUAUGGGAAGCUGUAUUUAUACGGGGGCAUGUUUGAGGUGGGCGACCGCCAGUUCACCCUCAACGACCUGUACUGUCUAGACCUCCACAAGAUGGACCAGUGGGAGGUGCUGGUCGAGAUGGACCCCAAGACCCAAGAGUGGCUGGACGACUGGUCUGACUCAGAGGGGGAUGAGGAGGGGGAUGAGGAGGAAGCUAAAGGAGGUGAUGACGAAGAGGAGGAAUCUGAAGAAGAAGGUGACGAACAAGAUGAGGAGGAUCACCCCCCAGUGCAGCCAGGUGAGGCGCUGGAAGACUUCCAGAGUCGUACAGAGCAAUACUGGGUAGGCCUGGCCCGGGCCAACAUGGGCCCAGAGGCUAAGGACACGAAGGUGCAGAAAGUGGGCAUAGCCAUGGCCAAGGUGUUCUAUGAAGACAAGCAGUGAGCCAGGGUGUGUGUGCAUGUGUAUCCGCCUUCUUUGUGUGUGUGUGUGUGUGAAUGGAUCCAGAUGGAGAGUAGUAGUGUGUUAUAGGGAUGGAUGAGGGUACUCUAAACUAUUGUUUCCCAACUCCAGUCCUCAAGUACCCCCCAACAGUACACAUUUGUAUUGUAGCCCCAGACAAGGACACCUGAU